AUGGCGGCUUUCCUGAUUCCGUGCUUGCUGGCGAGCCCCCUCUUUGUUCAGCUUGCCGGCGCAUCGCCGGUUACUAUGCUGGCUCUCCGCGACACGGCCACAGUGACGGCUUCGUUUGCCGCGAUCAAGUCUGCCAUCAUCGACCACGGAAGCUUGGACGAUGCAGGCAUUGCAUCCAUGCUCAAAUCGCUUUCAAGCUCCAACCAUCCUGCGCCUACACCGACCAUCCACCGCCGGGACUCGAGCGCCAGCACGGCCUUGUCUGUGAAGACCAACGGUGCCUUCAUCGCCAUCGAUGUUGGCAACCCUCUGGUGGCCUGCCAGCCGUCGCAGGUGCACACGACCACCGCGGCCGGGCCCAUUCAGACUCUCCAGUUCUUCACUGGCUCGAGCGACAUGCGCUCGCUCAAGCUCAACUCGAUCAACGGAAGCGUGACAGAAGUCACCAGCACGAUUAGCAAGGGAGACGAUGCCGGCUCCUUCACGUUUGACUCGAACGAGAGAAUUUCCGAGUUCAACGUGUUCGCGAGCGAGAAGCAGUUCGUGGGUUUCAACUUCAAGACGGACGGCGACCGCAACUACAAGGCCAUGUCGAGCACCGGCAGCCAGUUCACUGCCCAGAAGAUGCCGGUGGGCUCCGGCAUUCUUGCCCAGAUCCGCUAUGUCUACUGCCCCAACGGCAUCAUCGCCUCUGUGGGCUUUGACUUCCUCGACGACCUAGAGUCGAUUGCCAUCAACAACAUCGACUACUCCGGCUUCACCAACAACAUCCUGCCAGCCUCCAACGGCCAGACCGUGACGGUUGGGUCGCAGAUCAUCGACAACCGCAACUCGUCCUCGGACCAGAGCACCUCUAUCCAGACCACGGCUGCCAUCACCAAGCAGCACUCGCUCACGACCACCGUCGGCUGGAAUGUCGGCAACACCGUGACUGUGACCGGCAAGGUCGGCAUCCCCUUCCUCACUGAGGGCUCCGUCAGCACGGCGGCCACCUGGGGUAUUCAGGGAAGCGUGGCCUCCCAGAGCCUGACCGGCACUACGAUCACCAACGCGGGCACGGUGAACCUCAAGUGCCCGGCCGGAAAGUACUGUGUCGGCUCGUCCUUCUUCACCAUGUUCAAGCUCGACGUCGCUGUCGAGGCCACGUUUGCGGCGACAACCAAGUCUGGCCACAGCUACAACUGGGUCCAGAAGGGAAAGUACUCUGGCGCCGACUCGCUGGCCAUUGAGCUUCGCGUUGAUGAGGUCAACAACACUUCGUCGGCAAAGGACCCCCGGGACGUGCUUGAGACCGAGCUGUACUAA